UGUGAUGUUACAUCCAGUCACUUUAGGGUUUUUUUUUAAAGUUUUCAUUUCAAUAUGAAAUACAUUACAAUUGACUGCACCUUACGGGUAAAAUACAUACCCCAUUCAACCGUAUCAAAGUGUAAUUUCUACACUAUUAUGCUAGAUUGUCAUGCUUGGGUUUAACACAGAGGAUCGAGAUGAGAGUGAAUCGAUACAAACUGCAGUGAUGCUAAUGUUACUCUGUUGUUCCAAAAAUAACUUAUUCUAUAACACGCCUGUGUUCAGCCACUGUGACUGGCAACAACAUAAAGUGUACAGCUGCUAUUGCUGUCUUUAGUGUAUAAUUAACGGAAUAAGAUACCAAAUGGAUAAAACGUUUUACGUUUUAUAAAAGGAGAAUAACUAGGUGGUGGAAAUGGGCCACAUAAUGAAAGGAUUUAUUUUUCAACGAUCUGUUAGAUACGGGAUUCUGGUGUGUGUUGCUUUAUUCUUAAUAGUGAAAAUUACGUGGAAAGAAAAUAAAUCGGUUCCUCGUAUUAGCCAAUUUACUAGUAACUUUGAUAAACAUGUGUACGUUAAUGAUGAAAUACCGGAUAGAAACAGAAAUGGAUUAAAUAUUGAUCAAGUACAAAGAAAUGAAAGUGAUGUUGUUACAGUAGCUAGGAGAAUUAGUUUAUAUAAUAACACAGUUCUUGUGAGUGUGGUCAACGAUGCGUAUUUACCGUUCGCAUAUAGUUGGCUCUGUAACACCAAACAUAUGAAUAUUCAUAAAUCUGUGCUAGUAAUUACCACAGAUAACGAAUCAAAAAUGAAACUUAAUAAAGACUGGCCAGAAGUGUCCGUUUUCCAUAUUACACUUGACAUACCAAAAGGUGACCAGGAAUACAGCCAUGUUGGUUAUGUUAAAAUUAUGAUUAGAAGAACAGAAAUAAUUCUGUCUUUACUGAAGGCUAAAAUAGACCUGCUUUUACUUGAAUUCGAUUACGUGUGGUUUACAAAUCCAAUAUAUGGUUUCCAACGACAGGCUGGUGUCGACAUGCUGGUUAAUCCGGUUUCAAACACUGGCGGAAGCGUUUUCAACGGCGGCUUGCUAUACAUGUUUGCAACCGAAAGGACACAGGCUCUUUGGACAAUGUUGACGGCCAUGAUGAAGACACUGGAACAAUCUCUAAAGAAUAAAUCAGAUAAAAUGGCCAUAUCUGAGGGAGAUAAUGAUCAAACUUACCUAUCAAAAUUGAUCAGAGAAAGAUAUGCGAACAUAACAUAUAACUUAUUGACCCUAGAUAAAUACAGCGAUGGACAAUGGUACAGCAAGAGUGAAGACGAGAGAAGAAAGUUACGCCCUUUGGUUAUCAGCAAUAACUGGAUUAUAGGAAACAAGAAUAAAAUAAGCAGAGCAAAGAAAUGGAAUCACUGGUUUCUAAAAUCUGAUGGUACAUGUGACGUGGAAACAGUGAACAAGAUAGUGUACAAAUAAUUAUUAUUACAUGUAUUAUCAUAAAUUGAUCUCUUCAUGUAUACAGUCGAGUGUUAUAGGACAAAUUCUAAAUUGUUUAUUUUCGACCAAAUAACCAAUGCAACCUGGGAUGUAGAUCAUAUUAUUUUCCUGUCAGUAGAAUUUUUUCUGCCAAAAGAUUAACUUUGUGAGCAAAUAUAAAUGAUCAAAAGUAAAUUGUCGACUAAAACGACCAAGAAUAAUUUGUCAGCGACACGAUCAACAAAUUGAUUGUCUUACAAAUGAUAAUAAAAUUGGACGAAAUUAUAAAUUAAUUGAUUGUCGACAAUUUGCGAAUGAUUUAGUGUUGAUAAAAGAAAUCCGAGAGAAGUACUUGCUUUACAAAUGUCUUUUAUAGACUAGUUAGUUGUAAUCCUAGUCCCGCCUCUGUCGCUAUCAUGGAGCAGUGCGGUGGUACCGGGUAAAAUUAGCUGUAUUUCUGCCGCCUUCCCUUUGAAUAUUCCAAUAAUUAUAUAGAACUGCGUAUAUUAGCAAAUACGAGCUAUACGAGGAGUUACAAGCGAAAAGGGAUUUUAAAAGCCUAAAUAAUAAUGGAAGUAAUACAUAAUAUUAUGUAACUCUACAAGGAAAGCGUAUUGUAGAACAAAACAACAGCGUUGGUGACGAACAAGUGUCGAGAUCUCAGAGUGCGAAUGAGAACAUAAAUCAGGAACAAGAAGGUAAUUAAGCAACAGAAGCAACUUUUCUAUAAAAUAACGACGCGAAAGCAACAAUGACGUGCCAUAUUCGGAAAAAUAUAAAAAAGUGAUGAUAACAACAAGAAAAUAUUAUAUGCUGAGACAUGAUAAUAAGGGAAAUGAAAAAUGGCAGACUCAGUUUUUAAAAUGAUUACCUAACUGAGUGGUUUGAUGUAACAACCGGUGUAAGAUAAGGGUGUUCAUUAUCAGCAGUAUUUUUUAAGUUAAAUGGUAAAACAUUUAGGUUUUUAUGAGUCGAUGAUGAACGUGUUUGUGUCUUGUUGUAGGCGGAUUAUAUCGUACUGCUUGCAGAAAACUAAUAUGAUUAACGAGAAAAUGAUAAUUUUCACCGAACAGCCGGUGUUAAGCUAACAUAAUGUGCAUUAAUGUAAAGUCCAUGUUAGACCUUUAAUUGUGCUAAUAUAUUUUAUUGUAAUAUGGUGACUGUAUUUUAGAAUAACCAAACAUAUGUUUACAAUGGUUUAUUGUUAACUGAAUAUAUAGAACUCAGUAUUACUGCAAAAGAUCCUCAUGCUGGGUAAGCGGCUUUAAAACGGAACGGGCCUCUAUAAAACUAGUCAUGAGCAAGAAACAAUAUGCGCAUUUUGUAAGGCUGGCAUUGGAAAUGAAAAACAUGUUCUUUUAGAAAUGUAUGAAACUAACAGAGUUGUAUAUACACACAAUGCUAGCAUGAGUGAGAAUGGAAACUGAUUAACUGGUAUUCCUUCAUAUAAAUACAAAAAUGAUAAGAGUGCUUUCAAAACCUGUUGUAAUAUUCUUUAAAAAGAAAUAAUGCGUUAUAGGAGAUUAGAUUUUAGUUGCCAGAGUGUUUAAGCACAAUUUAAGUAUUAUUUGUAACAUAUAAUUUUUAUGAUGUGUUUUAUUAGCUCACCUGUCACAAAGUGCCUUGGUGAGCUUUUGUGAUCGCUUUUAGUCCGCGUCCGUCCGUCCGUAAACUUUUACUUUAAACGACAUCUCCUCAUAAACCGCUGAGCCAAUUUCAUCCAAACUUCAGAGGAAUGUUCCUUUGGUAGUUUAAAGAAUUUAAUUCCAAGCAGAACCCUGGUUGCCAUGGCAACCGAAAGAAAAAAAAACUUAAAUAUCCUCUUUUAGAAAACCGAUAGAGCUAGAGCUUAAAUAUUGGGCAUGAAACAUCAUCUAGUCAGUGUUUACCAAGUCAAAAAUGGCCCCGCCCUGGGGAUCAUUGAUUUUACUUAUAUGUAUGUAGUAAAAACUUACAAAAUCUUCUGUUAAAAAACCCUAUGACCUAGAGUUUAGAUAUAUUAAGCAUGAAUUAUAUUCUAAUGAGUGUCUACUAAGUUUGUUCAAAUAAAAGCCCUGGGGACAAAAUUGGCACCGCCCAGAGGGGGUCAUUGUUUUUCCCUUUAUGUGUAUAGUAAAAACUUUAAAAAAAAUCUUCUUAGAGCUAGAGCUUCGAUAUUUAUCAUGAAACAUCUUCAAAUUGGUGUCUACCAAGUUUGUUCAAAUAAAAGUCCUUGAGUUAAAAUUGGCUCCACCGGGGGGGGGUUGCUAUAAACAGGUGAGCGAAUUAAGGGCCAUCAUGGCCCUCUUGUUAUAAUUAUCAUCAAUAAUCAUUAUAUAAUUAUUAUAUUAUUAUCAUUAUAUUAUUAUCAAUUUCACUUAUGAUUGCUGGUAUCGUGAAAUAGUUUACAUGUGUAACAUGUUAAACAUUAUGUUUAUGUUAAAUGUUGUGUAUAUAAGGGGGCUAAGUCUACAAUUCAUAUAGAGUUGUUACGAUUGUAAGGCCUGUAUGUGUUUUGGAGUUAUCCCCCACCCCCACCCCUCUUGUUAUUUUUUAUAGAAUAGGUAUACAUUAAAUUCAGUUUUAUUAAUGCUUUUUAUAUAAAUUUAAAUCAUAUAACGAUGAAAAUAGAAUAAAAAAUAUAUUUGUUGUCAUUUUGUAUUUUACAAGACAAGACAAUUUAGUUAAGAAAAGUAUUUUUUGAAGAAUUUUGUAGAAAUGGACAACGUUUGUUCCACACAUCACAUUAUCUGUGCCCUUAUUUGAGCCGCGUCACGACAAAACCAACAUAAUUGGUUUGCGACCAGCAUGGAUCCAGACCAGCCUGUGCAUCUGCGCAGUCUGAUCAGGAUCCAUGCUGUUCGCUAUCAGUUUCUAUACUUGUUAAGGUGUGUUUCCUUGUCCUAUGUUUUAAGUAGUUUAAAUUCAUCUUCACUGCUUUUUUCACGUAAUGUCUUGCUCUCACCUUCAUGAAUUUAUUAAAUAUUAAUGACAGAUAAUUGUUAUGACAUUCCUCUAAAACCUGGACGAUAUAUAUUAAAAUACUCAUUCAUGUUGUAAACUCUGUUGUUAAUGUAGAUAUGAGUGUUGUAUUAAGUAUAAAAUAUCUAAAUCUGGAGGAACAUAAUUAUCGAUGUAUUGUUGGAAAUGUCUCAUUAAAUACUAUUGUUUUCUCCUUUUGAGACAACUUUUGAUUAAGGGAAUUUACUUCAAAAUGCUUCGUAAUCAUAAUUUUAGUUAAGAGUCUUGCAAUAAAAAAGAGCCUUUAAUUGUCAAUAAUUUUUAUCUACUUCCCUGUGUUUACUUCCCUGUAUUCUGUCCCAGCUGUAAUUAUUAAAACAUAUCCCGCACCUGAUAUCUCUCGUAAAUUGUCAAUUAUCUACUUCACUAUAGUUAACUGCUCACAUCCUGUCUUGGAUAUCUCUCCCACAGCUGCAGAAAUCAUAUUUUACUCGACUUGCGGCUUGUCCAAUAUGGUUUCUCAAGCCAAGUAUAUUCUGGUAUUGUGCAGUUAAGUCUUAAAUAGCCUGAUCAAUAUUUAAUAGCUUACUAGUCAGUAAUUGUUUUCUCUCUUUCCCUGGGUACAUGCACGCCGUAAGAAAUUAAGGCACAGGGAAUUGGCAUUGGAGCUUGGCUGAUUUGUUUCACCAACUGGUUAAGAUCCGAUCAAAGCGCUGUUGUUGUACAUAUAGGGCAGGUCAUAGGGACCAAAGUACCCCUUCGUCGGCGGGAAGGUAAGCUUCUAUCGCAAGCUACGACUCGAUGUCCUAAAUAAAGCCGAGGGGAGUGACCUUAGAGUGGGUUAGCCCCCUACCACAGAGUGGCGGAUUGAAAGUCAGGCCCUUUGUACAAACAGCUACUUUCAGGGGUAAACUCUCUCAUUAUUGUCCAAGGUUACUGUGCAUUUAAGUUUCCAUUGGCCGCCAUACAGUAACGCUUAAUAUUAAUAUUCCAUGGACAUUACAUGCAGAUUCAAAAUAAACCCUUUAAUGAGAUGACUGACGACGUAUCCAGAGUCCGAACUUGACAGCAAAAGCUGCAUUUUGUGCCUUAACUAGCUGAUGGGCUCUCAUUAAGCAUAGACUACAUACAUGAACAUUGUAAAUACAUGUAGUAUAUAAUUGUUUAGUGCUUGUUUAUAACAGCUGUGAACAGAAUUGUG